UUCCAGAGCAGCAGAUGCAACCUGGUCCACAGCUUACCCCUCAAUCUAUCCAGUAUAGAUACAUGAAACGGAAGGACAUUGAGAAAACAUUUCCCUUAGGGAAGACCCUGGACUUUGCAUAUCCUCUUCUCCAUCCAAAGAAAAUACAGCCAUCUAGGAAAGAAACAAAGCAGGAAAGUGUCUUUGCUGGAAACUGCCUAGAGGUGCUAGAGGUACAUGGAAAAAACUAUGUUAUUCAUCCAGAGUGGAAAGAUGGGCAGGAGCAAAUUAUGCUUUCCAAACUGGAGAAGGGUAUCUAUUGUGGUGAUGAUUACAAAAGAAACAAUUUAUUUUUUAAGUUAAAUAAAUUUGCUUGCCUUCCUCAAGAGAAAACGGUUCUUCAGAUUGUAUCUAAAGAAGUGUACAAUAGUGGGUAUAUACUCCUUCGCUCACAUAGAAGUGCAGAGUUCAUUUGUUUGGAAGGAGGACAGCAGGAACAUAAAAGUACUGAGUGUAAUAUAAUUAAUGAAUAUUCUACAACAGAUGUGGCUUUGAGUGACACCCUUCCUGGCAUAUGGGCAGUAGCUUGUACAGAUGGAGAUGUAUCUUUACGAAAUGCCCAAGAUGAAUGUCCUAUUUGGAAUGCCAGCUUCCAAGAGAAAAAGAUUAUGUCAAAAUUUUCCUUGUACCACUGUGAUUUUGGUAGGCAUCCACAGUCUCUUCUUGUAGGUAAUGAAUCUGCAGUAUGGUUAUGUGACACACGUGUCAAAGCUAAUGUCCAUAAAUAUAAAAAUUACCAAACAAAUAAGUCUUGUUUUACAGUAUUAGUAGUUAAAGAGGUGCAAAAGUAUUUGUCCGGUUUUGAGGAAAUUUGCUCAUUUUCGAAAAUCAGUGAAUCGCCAUAUUUGUAUGUAGUGACAGAAGAUAGUGUCUUUGUAGUAGAUGAACGCUUUUGUAAAAUGCCUGUGAUGAAUUGGAGGCAUAUGUUAAUUAAAAGACCAUUCUAUACAAGCACUAAGAGAUUCGAUGACAUGGAGUUUCUUAUGCUAGCAAACAGUCAUGAAAAGAAAGUGAGUAUAAUAGCUAAUGAAUGGAUUACAAAUAAGUAUAACAGACAGUGCAGAGGUGUAAGCUUACCCAAGCAUUUUCAAAUUGUCCAAGACACUGUAAACUUCGCUCAUAAACAAGACCUUUGGUUCAGACACCAAGUACAGGAUCGGUUAGAUAACAGUUGGAAAGGUGUAACAUCUGUUGUUCAUCCAAAAGACAGUUUAGGUAUGUUAUUUCUGGUGUUGUACAGUAAUGGAGACAUUUUUUCUCAAGUCUUCAAAGUUUCUCAGGAAGAUUCAGACUUCCCACAUGGUGGAGCUACAGAAAACAUUCAGUAUGGUAAAAGCAUGUUAAGUAAGUGGGAAGAAGAAACAGUUAAAGUCAGUGUAAAUAAAUCAUUAACAGAUAAGAUUACCUACUUUGACACAUCAUCAUUUUAUCAGAAAGUCUUGAAGAAAAGUGUUACAAAAGAAAUAGUUGAAAUAUUUGAAGAUAACCCAGACAUUGACACUGUUAAGAAAAAGAUGAUUUGGAACAUUAGAAAACAAGUACAGAAGCUUCGAGAACAAAAGAAGGUGAAUAAACUUAAGAAGGCUAAAAAGCAACUACGAACUACUCAUUGGUUAGAUGUCCUAUUUGAUAAUUAUAUUACAGAUUGCAGUAGCAGUGAGCUAAAACAUCUGCCUCCUCCUAAAAAUUUAAAGCCAAGUGUUCUUAGUAAUUAUUUACCACCAAAAAUUAUGUCUUUUUUCAAUAUUGAGAACCUAAAGAGCUUUCAGGAUUUUUUGGCUCCCAAAAUUCUCUCUGUAUGGGUAGGAAGUGAUACAGAGAAAAUCAAUAACAAUGAAUCAAAUUUCCAUUACCAAACAGCACCCUUUGAUAGUUCUCUUUUAUCAAGCCUACCUGCUAAGAUGCGAGUAGAUGAUCAGAUAAAUGCCUUGGAAGUUCCUGAUCUUGAAUUUGAGGAGUUUAGUCAGUUUUCACAAGUUUCUAGGAAUAUGUCAAUGUGUGAAUCACAAUCAUCUCGUCAAACUGAAAAAAAAGCAAAGAAACCCCUUAAGAGGAAACCAAGGUUAGAUGGAUUUUAAUAAUGCAUUGUAUUACUGUCUGUAAAAGUUGGUAAUUUUUUUAUUUAUAACUACACAUGUUUAUCUCACAAUUGGUUUAUUACACUAGCUGUAAUCCUCAAAGUGUAAGGGAUAUUAAUUUCAUGUUUACAUAUUUAUACUUAAUUGCAAGGUAUUAUCAUAGUAAUUAGUAUUUAAUAUGUAAGAGUAUUUUUUGUAAUACAUACUGUACUAUCUAGUAUACUUUACAGUAAAAAACUUAUCCCACUGAGGCGGGGUGGCCCAAAAGGAAAAACGAAAGUUUCUCCUUUUAAAUUUAGUAAUAUAUACAGGAGAAGGGGUUACUAGCCCUUUGCUCCCGGCAUUUUAGUCGCCUCUUACGACAUGCAUGGCUUACGGAGGAAGAAUUCUGUUCCACUUCCCCAUGGAGAUAAGAGGAAAUAAACAAGAACAAGAACUAGAAAGAAAAUAGAGGAAAACCCAGAGGGGUGUGUAUAUAUACGUGUAUAUGCUUGUACACGUAUAUGUAGUGUGGCCUAAGUGUAAAUAGAAGUAGCAAGACGUACCUGAAAUCUUGCAUGUUUAUGAGACAGACAAAAGACACCAGUAAUCCUACCAUCAUGUAAAACAAUUACAGGCUUUCGUUUUACACUCACUUGGCAGGACGGUAGUACCUCCCUGGGUGGUUGCUGUUUACCAACCUACUACCUAGGAUUAUUAUUAUUGUUAUUAUUUUUUAUUAUUAGCACAUCAGCCGAUUCCCACCAAGGCAGGGUGGCCCGAAAAAGAAAAACUUUCAUCAUUCACUCCAUCACUUGUCUUGCCAGAGGGGUGCUUUACACUACAUUUUAUAAAACUGCAACAUUACCCCCCAUUUAAGAGAG